CACACACACACACACACACACACACACACACACACACACACACACACACACACACACACACACACACACACACACAAACACACACGUCCUGUGUGCACAGUGGUAAUGUAUUGUACCGGACAGAGACUGUUGAUCCAUCGAGCCAUCUUACUAUCCAUAUAUUAACUAUUAUCUAUACUUAACAUAGAAACAUAAACCCAAGUACAGACACACACAGACGCAGACUGACACAGAGACGCACACAAAUAACGUCGGAAAUUAAACAGAAGGAAUUGAAUGGUGUGCGUUCACCAGUGAGAAUGGGGAUGUGCCCAAAACAAAGGGCUGGGCUACGACAACACCUACUCCUCUACACACCUGCCAACCUUCUGGCCAUCGAGACUUUAUUGCAGUUCAAGCAGGUUGAUUGUGAAUUCUCUCUCACGGACAUCCGAGCAUCUCCAGCCAACAGGAUGACCCGCGCAGUCUUGUCCAUCCUGGUGAUCUUUGUGUGUCUUGCACCGAUGCUGGAGGUCAACAGCACACAGGAUGACUUCAAGAUGUUUAUUGAAGAUGUCGAAUUGUACAUCAAUUCCUUGAAGGGUGACCUCAAGAAGAAGAAUGAAGCCAUGGAAUUGCACUUCAAUUCCUUAAAGGACCACUACAAUACUGAGAAGGACGCCCUCGCUGAAAGGAUCAAUGAGCAAAAUCGACUGCACUCUACUUUGGCCAAGUUAGAACAAUACAGUGGGCCCGAGUUUGCGGCAAUCAAGAAGAUACUUGAGACACUGAAGGAGUCGAACUCUGAACUAAAUGCUAAAUUUCUCCUGAUGACUGAAGUCAGUGACCACAAGUUUCAGAUCAUCCAGAAGAAAAUGGAGGGAAUCAAAGACUUAGUCCAUGAAACCGAGUUGAACAAAGAUGAAUUAUAAUCACACCUUAUUAACAUUAGCAUUAGUUAAUGCAGUGAUGAGAUUUAUUUAAAGCAUUGAUAGGGGUUAGAGUGAGUGGGUUCAUCAUCGCUGAUGCGUCACUGCGUCACACACAGGAUGAUGGAGGCUGGAACCUGUUGGCCCGUGGCAGAAAGUGUCAGUCAGGGUCAGGUAGUUUUGGUUUCUGACUGCUUAUUGGUUUUUUGGUUGAGGUCUUUCUUUUCACUAUAUCUGUUCUGUCUGCCUUUGUAUAAGAUAUGUAAACUCAUAAAUAAAUGUUUUGUCAUAUCU